AUGAUGGGUGAUCAAUUUCGCACUAAAGUUGAACAAUAUUCGCCAAAAUCAUCUCCAAGGGGUGCGCGAUCGCCCGUUGUAUCACGUCAGGAUUCAACGGGAACUCUUAAAACAACAAUAUCCCUUGGGAAAAAUCCUUCGAUUGUUCACAGUGGACCUUUCUACUUGAUGAAAGAACCUCCUGGGGAGAGCGAACUUACUGGAGCUACUAAUUUGAUGAAUUAUUAUAAUCUUGAGCACUCUUAUAGUAAAUUCAGUGGUAAAAAAUUAAAAGAACAACUAUCAUCAUUUCUUCCAAAUCUUCCUGGAAAAGAAUUACUUCCUCUAAAUAUCCACCAACUAUCAGGAUUUCGAUUACAUCCUGGACCACUGCCGGAGCAAUAUCGACAUGUUAAUCAAACACCUCAAAGAAAACACAAGAACAAGCACAAGAAGCAUAAACACAAGCCUGGAGACGUGCCAGCUGGACACGAGAUAGCGACAACCGAUAUUGCUGGAUCGGAUACCCACGAAAAGAAGCACAAAAAACAGAAAAGGCACGACGAGGAGAAAGAAGCCAGGAAGAAGCGCAAGAAAGAAAAAAAAAGAAAAAAACAAAAGCACAGUCCUGAACACCCUGGUGGAUUGACACCCUCGCAGCAUUCCAACUCCAAUUAA